GGGCUUCCCCCGACGGACCGACUUAGAUACACGGAAAUUUUUACUACUGGUUUGGAAAGAACGUAAACAGUGGUCUCGAGCGAGCAAGUCUGGCUUUACUGAUUUUGUUUCAUGGCAAUGACAAGCGGGAAAUAACGAUUGCAGGUGGUGCAUAGGUUUUUUAUUUUUAACCUGCGAAACAUGAACGUCACUAAACGGUUUCUGUUUGGCAUUUCGCUGGUCUUGACGGGACUCUUGGUGUAUAUCUUCCAACCCGAACCCCUCCGAAGUCGAGUGCUGUCACACGAAGUGACUGCAUUGAUUUUUUAUGCCUGUUUGGGUAUUUUGUCACUGGCGUGUAUUCUCAGCGGCUGGAAUUCCGAUGAAAGGGUUGACCCGUCGAACAAGGCGGUGUUUAUUACAGGAUGCGACAGUGGGUUUGGUCACAACCUGUCAAUCAGGCUUGACAGACUUGGCUACACCGUGUUCGCCGGAUGUCUCAUGCCCGACCGCGAGGGGGCGCAGCAGCUAAAGGAAGCUACCUCAGACAGGCUACAUAUCGUCGCCGUUGACGUCACGAAUGAUUGGCAAGUCCGGGAGGCGCAAAAAUAUGUCAAGGAAAACAUUGGCGAUAAAGCUCUAUGGGCUGUUGUGAACAAUGCCGGUGUAGCAGUCUUCACGGAAAUAGAGUGGUGUUCGGUAGAACAGUUUGAAAGAGUUAUGGACGUUAACGUAUUCGGCGUUGUUAGGGUAACGAAGGCGUUCUUACCUCUGAUUCGCUCAUCCAAAGGUCGAGUCGUCAAUGUCGCCAGUUUAGCAGGUCGCUUCACCCUACCAGCCUUCUCGGCCUACUCCAUGUCUAAAAAGGCGUGCAUCGCAUUUUCUGAUGGACUUCGUUUGGAGAUGACGAAGUUUGACGUCAAAGUCAUUACAAUAGAACCUGGACUUUACAGGACACCGAUAUCACAAGAAGGCUAUUUGAUCGACAUGAACCGGAAGUCAUGGGCGGAGACUCCAACAGACGUGAAAAAUGACUAUGGUGAAGAAUACUUCGAGAGUUUCCUGGAGAACAUCACCAAACAGAUGCGGCGAGCCCGCCCCAACGUGGACGAAGUCGUCGACCUCAUGGCCAAGGCCGUCGUCACAAAGUUUCCGAAGCAGAGGUACGUUCCGUACUGGAGAUCUAAUCUGAGAGCGCACAUUUUGAUGGCGUUGCCAAACUCGAUCACAGACAAACUGUUGACGGCUUACACACCUAAGGCGCCCGUGGAGGCCAAGAGGAGGGAAUCGGACAGAGAGAAAAAUAACGGAUCUCCAAAAUAAACGGACGGAGAGAAAAAUACCGGAUCUCCAAAAUAAAUGGACGGAGAGAAAAAUGACGGGACUUCAAAAUAACUGAACGGAGUGAAAAAUAACUCCAAAAUAAUUGGACACAGAUUUUUUUUUACGGAACUGUAGAAUAACUGGACAAACAAAAAUAACAGAACUCCAAAUUAACUGCAACUGUAAUCGGUCGUGAAUUUGACAAUAUGUAAAUGAAUAAUAGUCCUGUUUGAGUUUGUUUCGAUACGUACGUAAAGAAAAUAGUUAAUAUUACUGAUGGAACUGCCUCAGUAAAUAUAACAUCUCAUGUUUAACAUUCAUUUUUAUAUUCAUUUUUUGUAAUAUUCAUUCUUUAUUGGUCCAA